AUGCCAUCGGCGCAAGCAAAAGGUAGGGAGCCUGAAGUGAUAGUUAUCUCGUCGUCUACUUACUCUGAGUUAAAUAGUGUGACCGCAAGUAUCCCUGUUGCAAUUGUGUCAAGCGAUUCUCCACAGAACCUUUGCCAGUAUGAAGACGAACUAAAGGGGCGCCAAGUCAUUCGAAGACGCCCCUGCGAGAGUGAUUUCUCCGAAAGCAGCGGGGGCACUGAUCUUGUCCAAGUUUGCCAGCCUGCUGAUCAGAAAAAUGAUCGGUCCGGCAAGUAUGAAGACAAACUACGUGACCUCGGAUACUCUAGUCACGGCAAUUACAACUCCAUGAGCCUACUGCGUGCGGUCGAUCCGCACGGCGAUCACGCCAUGAGUUCAUCCAGCACUCGUACCACGAAUCAGACCAGUUUCGGAAACGAUGCAAACCGCAAGUAUAGAGAAGCAGUCCGCCAGCUGCCUUCACAGGCCUGUAUGGAGUCCUUGGUCCAAACUUUCUUCUCUGAAAUCAAUUGGCAGUACGACCUGAUUGACGAGAAGUCGUUCAAGGAUCAAAUGGUCGCAUGGAAAGGGAUCUCUUACUCUGACCUUCAAGCAGACGUUGGAAGCUUAGCGCUCGAAACCUUCGUAUUCCCAGCAUUGCUAUUUCAAGUCCUCGCACAGGCCCUUCUUUUUCAUCCCCCUGAUGAUCCAACCAUUAGUUCUCUCAUCACCAUGGCUGGUAUGACCUUCCAUGAUCUUGGAGGUGAAUAUAGUGAGACAGGUGCUGAUUUACUCGCACGACUGGAGAAAAAGAAUAUAACACUAUCUGCGGUACAAGCAGGCUUGCUACGAGCCUCAUUCUUGAAAAGCAGUGGUAAAGUGAUUGAAGCAUGGCAUACAAUUGGCGCAGUAAUUCGCGAUGCACAGGAUAUUGGCCUACAUACCGGAAGAGCUGUAUCUGAUCGAUCUCCAAUGGAACCGAAUUGCAAGGGUGAGGGUGCUAGCCUUGCGGGCCAUAGAGCAUGGGUGGUUUUGCAUAUUUGGGAUGUCCACAUGGCUGCCUCCGAGACUGAUCCUCCCCGGCCAUUUGAUAUCAUCCUUGCCGGCUACAAUGUAGCCUACCGAUACUUCAAGGACAUUCACCAACUUGAAAAUAACAGCGCGCACUCAAAAGACUAUUCGAUUGUUGAAAGCCUCGGCACCGCAAUCAAAGAAAACCUAGAGCUUUUACCCUCUUGGUGUCGUCUGGAAUACCCAGAUAAGAAAUUCGACCAGUUACUCGGCUGUCAAUGGCUGCCUGUUGCUAGAGACGGGCUAUCAUCGCUCAUCCACUUCGUUAUUCUCGCCCUUCAUCGGCCCUUCAUAUUCUCGGUUGCCAACAGUCGCGUGGAGGCCCUAAAGGCUGGUAUAUCUAUUCUUCACGCACAAGAACGACUGUUUGAACAGUUAGAGCCACGCCAGCGUAAAGUAUUCAAUUUUGUCUAUGCUUCUUUCGACGCGAUUGUCCUUAUCACAGCACUCUGCCUUGCUUUUCCGGACGAAAUUCCGGAGCAAAGGUCAGAGUGUAUUGACGUUAUUGAAAAGGGUAUAAAAAGGCUGGGUAUAAUCGGCGAGUCCAAUAUUAUGGCAAGGUCAGCACAUGGUGUUGUGUACAGCUUGUACUAUCGCUUAAGACAUCGCCUUGGCAUCUUCGAACCCGCUCGAGAUGCUGCUACAGCAACUUUUACCAACCCAAUUGGAACUCCUUCCAGCAAUGAAAACAUCGCGCCGUCGGAAUUAUCUUUCCACGCCGUGUUACCUCCAUGUCCUACGCAUGAUCUAUUCUUCGACCAUCUCUCAACGACACCAAUACCAUAUACAGAUACAUUACAGAAUUAUCUAUUGGACCCACUCACGGCGAACACUGCGGAUGGAUUGAUUUUCGAAGGUGAUUUCUCAGAUAACAGCUUUUGGGGUUUGAUGAACGGACUUGGCCAUUGA